AGAAUUUACGGUCAACUAUUUAUACUUAAUUAAUAUCAAUGCUUUGUGGAAAUUAUUAUAAAAAUUAACAAGUUGUUGCCUUUAGAUUCAAAGUUAGUAACUUGAAUCUCAUGAUUCGUUGUUGGCUCCUCAGAAAGUUGAAGAUCGCAAAACGGAAAGAAAAACAACUUGAAGUCAAGUAGUUUACUACACUGAGGUUAGUACUGUACUUCCAUUUUGUCUUUUUCCUUCAACUGUAUAUCAAUCAACAACAAUGUUACACCCUUUACUUGAUCUGAAUCACACCAACUUUCUCUAAUCAUCUCAAGUUCCAUUUUUUAUAGGACCUUUUGAUUUAUUUUCAAGCUUUAUGUCUAAAAUUCACUGACUUGGGAACUCAUACAUGCAACUCAGUAUUUGGGACAUUGAAGUUCAUUUUCGGAGAAAAUUAUGAUUGAAGUGAUUUUGGGGUUAUAUUAGUUUUGACAAGUUAACAUGUUUCAAUGUUUUCAUGAGUUAUGUCAUAUGGGAAACCGUAGAUUGCUUUUUCUGUUGGCAGCACUUGGUGUUAAUUAUUUACUGUUUCAGUCAAUUUUGGUUCCAUAUGCUAUGGUGGAGAAAGUGAAUAUUCCCAUUAUUGAAGAAGAUGAAGGAAUGCAUAAUUAUGCAAAUAGUAGUUUAGUCUUUGAUGGUAUUUCUGAACUUGAGAAGAAAGAUGUUGGUAAAAACAAUAGCUUAGAGUUGGAUAAUGUAGGUUCCAAGGAAAGUUUCAUGGCAAUUUUUGCCAAGGAAAGUAAAGUUGACUUUCCGGUGAAGCGGUUUUUCGAGGCAAAAAGGGGAAUUUCUACAAUUUCUCUGUUGGAAAAAAGUAAAAAUGUUGAUUUUGGUACCUCGCAGAGAACAACUUCAUCGACUAAUUCGACUCAUCUUGAAAAAUCUCCUCAGAAGAUUAAAUUGUUUGCCUCAGGUAAAAGUACUGCAGCUAACGUUACCGUGAGAAAGAUGAGGUGUAAUAUGCCUCCUAAGUCAAGAAUGUUGAUACAUGAGAUGAACCAUUUACUAGAGCGCCGCCGUGUUUCUUCUCGUGCAAUGAAACCAAGGUGGUCAUCCAAACUUGAUAUGGAAAUUCUUGCUGCAAGGUCAGAGAUUGAGCAUGCUCCUACAGUAACACAUGACAAGGAACUCUAUGCUCCUCUCUUUCGCAAUCAUUCUAUGUUCAAAAGGAGCUAUGAACUGAUGGAACGCACACUCAAAGUAUAUAUAUACAUGGAAGGAAAUAAACCGAUCUUUCAUCAACCCAUACUUAAGGGACUAUAUGCCUCAGAGGGUUGGUUUAUGAAAUUGAUGGAGGAAAAUAAGCAAUUCGUUGUGAAGGAUCCUGCAAAGGCUCACCUGUUCUAUAUGCCAUUUAGUUCGCGUAUGUUAGAAUUCUCCGUUUAUGUACGUAACUCUCAUAACCGGACAAAUCUCCGUCAGUAUUUGAAGGAAUACACAGAUAAAAUUUCAGCAAAAUAUCGAUACUUUAACAGAACUGGUGGUGCUGACCAUUUUCUUGUUGCUUGCCAUGAUUGGGCUCCAUAUGAAACGAGGCACCAUAUGGAAUACUGCAUAAAAGCCCUCUGUAAUUCUGAUGUAACUCAAGGCUUUAAAAUAGGACGAGACGUUUCUCUUCCAGAAACUAUGAUCCGGUCGGUACGAAAUCCUCAGAGAGAUCUAGGUGGAAAACCUCCUCAACAAAGAACCGUUCUUGCCUUCUUUGCUGGAAAUAUGCACGGAUAUCUGCGCCCGAUAUUGCUAAAGCACUGGAAGGACAAAGACCCUGAUAUGAAGAUAUUUGGUCCAAUGCCUCAUGGUGUUGCAAACAAAAUGAAUUACAUCCAACACAUGAAGAAUAGCAAAUACUGCAUAUGCCCUAAAGGGUAUGAAGUCAACAGCCCUCGGGUGGUUGAAGCCAUGUUUUACGAGUGCGUACCUGUGAUCAUAUCUGACAAUUUUGUGCCGCCGUUUUUCGAGGUUUUAAAUUGGGAUGCAUUCUCAUUAAUCCUUGCAGAGAAAGAUAUUCCAAACUUGAAACAAAUACUUCUUUCAGUGCCUGAAGAGAAGUAUCUCAAGCUACAACUUGGUGUCAGAAGGGUUCAAAAACAUUUUCUCUGGCAUACAAAACCUUUGAAGUAUGACCUCUUUCACAUGACCCUUCACUCAAUUUGGUAUAAUAGAGUAUUUCAAAUAAAUGUGAGAAAAUAAUGGAUACGAGCCCUCUGAACUAGAAAGCAUAAGCAUAUCUGCAUAUGUGGCUAAAGAACUUAGGAAAACAAAUGAAGACUUAAUUAUGAGAGACACUGCUUCUUGAGCUGUAUAGGGAAUAAGAACUCGAGAAGAAAAAAUAUGGUAGGAACUAGUCAUUUGUAUUCAAUGUCCUAGUUUUGUUGUUAGUCCUGAUUCCCUGAAUGAGUCAAAAAGGAAAUGUUCUAGAUCAUGUCAAUGCACUUAAAGUUACAGCCUUACAGGGUGUUGUGAGAUUCAUACAAAGAAAACAGAACAAAACAUUUUUAUCGGUGAA